AGUCUCCCGGUUGCAAACUGCAAGUAUUAAUACGAGAGCAUGUCUAGGUGAGUUCUGAAACAAAUUCUCGCCAUCUUCUCAUCACCCGUGUUGCAGCUUGAGUGCAUAAUUCGCCAGUUUUAGAGAGUGGACACGGAGCUCUUCUGGAGGAUCAGACAGAGCUAAUACAUCAAAAUGACACCAAGGAUGAGCACGAGUAAGGAUCACAAGAGUUCCACCGCGGAGCAGGUUAAUCGAGGUGCUUACAUCUGCGGCGUAAACGAUUUGAGGCUUGAACCGUACAAGCUGCCAGAAUCUUUAGGUCCUCAGCAAGUGAGAGUGCGCAUCAAGGCGGUUGGCAUCUGUGGUAGUGAUGUCCAUUAUCUCAAGCAUUUGAAAAUAGGAGCCUAUGAGGUGAAAAAGCCCAUGGUAAUCGGCCAUGAAAGUGCUGGAGUUGUAGAAGAAGUUGGAAAAGACGUGAAUCACUUGGUUCCCGGAGACCGUGUUGCACUAGAGCCAGGUAUUCCUUGCUGGAAGUGCUCAUUUUGCAGGGAAGGGCUUUACAAUCUUUGCCCAGAGAUGUCAUUCUUCGCAACACCUCCGGUGCAUGGUUCCCUGGCCGAUCAGGUAGUGCAUCCAGCAGAAUUAUGCUUCAAGCUUCCAGAGAAGGUGUCAUUAGAAGAGGGUGCGAUGUGUGAGCCUUUGAGUGUUGGAGUUCAUACUUGUCGCCGUGCAAAUAUUGGCCCUGAAACCCGUGUUUUAAUAAUCGGUGGCGGUGCCAUUGGUUUGGUCACAUUGCUCGUAGCCAGAGCAUUUGGAAGUCCCCGGAUCAUUGUUGCAGAUACUCAUGCGGAACGAUUAUCAUCGGCCAUGGAAAUGGGCGCCGAUGAAACCGUGCUAGUAUCGAAAAAGGAAGAGGACAUGAUGAAGGAAAUUGAAGAAAUAAAGAAGAAAAUGGGUGGACCGAUAGAUGUAUCGUGUGACUGCGUCGGAACGACAAAAAGCUUGACCACAUGCUUGGAAGUAACUCGUUCAGCUGGCCGUGUCUGCGCAGUGGGCAUGCGAGAGACAACGAUGUCGUUGCCAAUCACCCCUGCAAUUUCCCGGGAGGUGGACAUUUUGGGUGUUUUUCGGUACCGUAACACAUAUCCGGUGUGCUUGGAUUUAAUAAGCAGUGGUCGAGUGGACGUGAAACCCCUCAUCACAAACAGAUACAAGUUCACAGAGCAAGACAUCAAAGAUGCCUUUGAAAUGAGUGCCAACGGAGGCAAUGCUAUCAAAGUUAUGUUCAACCUCUGACCACCAAAUCACGAAGCCAACCCAGUGCUGCAGCUGAUUGAUCCUUGCGUGCACAUGCAAGUAGAGAACAUGACAGAUUAUAAUAUAUUCACAAAUUAGAUUAUAUGAUCAUUCCGGUUCAGUUCUAUCAUUAGAGAAAUGAUGAGAGAAUAAUACCUACAUAUUUCACGAGUACAAUAAUUUUAUGUUUAUGCUGUAAAAUUGCAUUUCGUUAGCUAUAUUAUAUUGAGGAAUUUUCUUAUUCGACAUAAGCCAUCAGAAUUUGAAACUUAGUAUCAAUUUUCACCUCGGAAAUCUGAAUUAGAUUAAGAAGACUACGUGAGUUCCGAAACCCACCUGUCAACAAAUCCUUACGAUUUUACAGAUCUUUAAAUAUCUUGUCGUGUGUUCGGACUUCUAGCAGAGAUUUCGUUGUGAUCGUAAUGUACGAAGGAAAAUUUGGAAUAGUAACCUAAGGGAAAUGUAGCCA